AUGUCUGCCGUGUCGGGGAUGUCGGGGAUGUCGAAAGUUACAGCUCCUGAUGGAACCGUCGUAGUGAGGGAAAAUUCUGCUGAGGUUGUGUUUCCCAGCAUGGACAAAGUGUUUUACAACCCAGUGCAGGAUGUUGCUGUUCUCCGGUUACAGUCGGAAGAUUUUUGCGUCGGAGCUCUCGGCAAAUUAGACAAAGAGAAGCAUAUAUCUGUCGAGGAUUUCCGGCUGCUGAAGCAAGGUGAACGAUACGAGGUGCGAGGGAUGAAAAUCCUGGAAGCCUUGGCAGCUUCUGGAUUGCGAUCAAUUCGCUUUGCCAAGGAGAUUUCUGGCAUCAGUAGAGUUGUGGCCAACGACCUGUCCACAUUUGCGGCCGACAGCAUAAAGCAAAACGUUAUUCGCAACGGCGUGGAAGACAUUGUUUAUCCGAACUGCGACGAUGCCACAAUCCUGAUGUACCAAAAUAAGAGGAGGAGUGAAAUGUUCAAUGCUAUUGAUCUUGAUCCUUACGGGUCGCCUGUGAAAUUCUUGGAUGCCGCGGUGCAGUCUGUUUCCGACGGUGGAUUAUUACUGGUGACUUGUACAGAUAUGGCGAUCCUUUGUGGGAACACGCCGGAAAAAUGUAGAGCUUCGUAUGGUUCUACGCCUUUCAAGACCAAGUCUUGCCACGAAUGGGCGUUGAGAAUCGUUCUUCACACGUUGGAAUCCGCAGCAAAUAGAUACGGGAGAUACAUUCAGCCACUACUGAGUGCUUCGAUAGAUUUCUAUUGCCGGCUCUUUGUUCGGGUGUACACCGGUCAGGCUCAGUGCAAAAUGUCUGCAAGGCAAAAUCAAACUAAGAUCAGCAACGCGUAUCUGUGCAGUUACUGCGAAACAACGUGGCUACAGCCGGUUAUGCGACUGAUGCGAGGACUACCUACUCCUCACUUCCGAUUUCCUGUCGGUCCACCGGUUACUGAAAAGUGUUGUCACUGCGGAUCGUCAUUGCAUUUUGGAGGUCCGUUUUGGACUGCGCCGAUCCACGAUAAAAUUUUCGUCGAAAGAUUGCUUAAAUCCAUUCAGGGCGAGUCUUCAGAAGAAGACGCCAAGAGCGAUUUCCACACAAAAAGUAGAAUGAUCGGAAUGUUGAGUACAAUAGCGGAAGAACUCGACGAUUGCCCGGGAUUUUUCUGCAUUGAUCGCCUGGCUGGUUCCAUGAAAACCCGUGUGCCGAAAUUUAUUGACUUUAGGUCAGCAAUCUUGAAUGCCGGAUACCAGGUGUCAAUUUCUCACGCGUGUCCGACUGCCGUGAAAACGAGUGCCCCGGCAAACGUGGUUUGGGACUUGAUGCGAUGUUUCGAAAUGGAUAACCCUGCAUCGCGUGAACGAUUGGAACAGGAUCCCGUUGCCAAUUCCGCUGCGCUGAUGCUUUUAUCUCGGGUGCCACAGGUUAAAGCAAAUUUCGAACGACGAGAAGACGCCAAUCCGGACAGUAGGAAACUCGGGUUGAAGCGAUUCCCCGAGAAUCCGGCUGCCAAUUGGGGACCUAAAUCGAGGGCGAAAACUGGAACACUGGGGAAGAGUGUUGAGCAAGAGAAAAGCAAGAAAAAUCAGGGCAAAAGAACGCAAAACAAACACUCGUCGGAAACUUCUGACGAAGGCCAGGAAGAUUUGAAACGUUUGAAAACCCUCGACGCGCCGAUUGUGAUUGAGGAUGAGAAAAGAACUGUUUCUGAAUGAUCUCAAAAUCGUUUCAAUCGAAAAGUUUCACCUUUGGACGAUGCUUAACUUACGACGUUGGUGAUGCAAGGAAGAAAGCUCUUCGGAGUGCUUAUUUUUUCAUGGGCUACGUUGUUGUGAUGGAAGUUCGUUUAUGAUUUCAUUACUGUAGAAGUAAAGAACCCUUUCAUUCUCAAACAACAAAAA